UGCGUUACAGUUAGGAUCAUGCCUGAGAAAUCAACCCACAAAGUUCACCCACCGCCAGCUUGGCUCACCUCGGAUUAUGUGCAGGAAAAGCUGAGAACCUACUUUAAAAACAGUUCUUUAAAACUCGAGAAACUGGUCACAAGCCCAGCCAUUGCCAAUGGAGGAAACUAUGGUAGUGUGAUGACUAGAAUCAAUGUGGAGUACUUCACGAAGGAAUCGAAGGACAAGCAGGCCACUACCUUCCUGGUCAAGACCACAUUCGCUGACAAAGAUCCCGCUGGAGAUGUGCUCAUACACUACGGAGUCUACACCCGAGAGAUGGAUAUAUACGAGCACAUCCUGCCCCAACUGGCGGACAUGGUCAAGAAGGAGCUCAAAGACCCAAGAAAACUCUUUGCAGCCACCAUGAAUGUGGAUCGUAAACGGGAUUCCAUCAUUUUUGAGGACAUGUCACUGGACAACUACAAGGUGGCCUGCCGCCGGAAGAAACUGGAUCUGGAGCACACUCAUCUGGUCCUGGAAAAGUUGGCCAGCUUUCAUGCAGCGGCUUCCGUUCUCGCCGAGCGUCAGCCGGGAAUCUUUGCGGAGAACUACGAUCGUGGAUUCUUCAACAAUCACACCCGAGCUUAUGGAAAGAUCAUGACCAAUCUUCUGGAGGCCCUUUCCCGAUCUCUCAGCUCGGAUCGGGAAUUGGGUCCGCGAUUCAAGCACAAGAUCGAUCGACUUGUCGAACGUAUAAUGGAUUAUGGCGAAAGGACGAUGCUCAGCAAUUCCGGAGAUUUCCUGACUUUGGCGCACGGAGAUCUUUGGACCACCAACUUUAUGUUCCAGAAUGACGCCAAGGAUCAUCCCACCAAUGCCAUUUUUAUCGAUUUUCAGUUCAGCGUUUGGAACUCCCCGGCCAUCGAUCUGCACUAUUUCUUCGCCACCUCUUUGCAGGACAAUCUCCGACUGGAACAUCAGGCGGAAUUGGUACAGUUCUAUUACUAUAAACUGGUGGAGGCCCUCAAGAAGCUCAAGUAUUCGGGUCGGAUUCCCAGUUUAUUUGAAUUCCAACUGCAGUUCCGCUCGAGAGCUUUCUAUUCUGUUUUCUGCUCCCUGGUCUUCGAACCCGUCAUGCAGUACGAAGGAAAGGAGGAUGCCUCCCUCGAGCAGAUCCUCUCCAGUUCCGAAAGCGGUAUGAGGUUUAAGGACUCCGUCUAUGAGUCGGAAGCCAUCAAAAAGAAGCUGAGUAUCACCCUGCCGUUCCUUGACCAGUUCGGAUUGCUAGACGAUAUGUGAUGCGAGUGUGAAUAUUUUAAGUAAAUAAAGAGUUUAGUUCUAGUGCGUACAUAA